AUGUCCUCCCCGUCCACCACCACCGUGUCCACCUCUCUCGCCUCCAAAUCCUCCUCCGCCAUGGUGUUCACCACCUGGCCCGCCAAAUCCACCUCCCUGAUGUCCGCCUGGUCCACCGAAUCCUCCUCCUUGGUGUCCGCCUUGGUGCUCCCCUCCGAAUCCGCCUCCUUGAUGUCCACCUGGUCCACCGAAUCCUCCUCCUUGGUGUCCGCCUUGGUGCUCCCCUCCAAAUCCGCCUCCACCUUGGUGUCCACCUGGUCCGCCAAAUCCACCUCCUUGAUGUCCGCCGCCGUAAUGUUCACCACUGGGUCCUCCGUAUCCUCCUUGUGGACCACCUGGUCCGCCGUAUCCGCCUUGGGGUCCUCCGUUACCGCCCAUGUGGUGUUGCUGAGGAGGGGGAGCUUGGUUCUAUUCGUAUGUUAG